UGUGUCAAAAUCCAACCUCUCUUUUGCUUUCUAUAUUUUCAUUUGUUCCUUUUGCUGCUGACUGCUGACCCUUCUCCCACUCCAUUCUUCCACCACCACCAUCAUCAUCAUCAACCCUUCACACACACAUUCACUCUGAUUCAUGUUCUCACACUCUUCAAUCUUCAAACCUCCGCGUUUUCCAGCUGCCACUUGUGUUCCUCGUUGAAAAAAUCAAAACCCCACAAUUCUUUUUUUCUCACCUGUUCCUUGUUCUUUGCUUCAUUCAAACGUUUGCUACCCUUUUUGUCCCCUUACAAAAUUUCGUCCCUUUACAUCUGUUUAGGCUUAAAGCUUCAGUCUUUUCCAUUUGGGGUGCCUUGAAUUGAUGCACAAGAUCAGAUCUGUAUUAAUUUAAGGCUUAUGGGGUUCAGUGGCACAUUGGUUGAUAUGUAAUUGCUUUUGUUACUUGCUGUUAUGCUGGUUUUUCUUGUGGAGCAAAAGACUAUAGCUAUGAAACUAAAGCUGUGAUUUUGAAAUCUUAAUUUUAGUUCUAAGCAAUUGCUGAUAGCAGAAUUAGGCAGGGUUGACUUUUGGAGAUUUAGAGUAUUCAUAACUUGAGUAACUGAAUAGGUGAAGAUAGUAAAAAUGAUUGUGAGGAAAAACAUGGGAAGGGCAAAGUCACUUCUUAUGCUGCUCAUGGUGCUUGGGUUUUUCUUCGCCACUUAUAAUCUGGUGUCUAUGAUCAUGGACCAUAGGGCUGGAAAUUGGGUUGCAGAUGGGUUGGAAUCUUUUGAUAGAAAAAUGUUGGGUUCGGCAAGCACUAAUGCGAAAUACCAUGUUGCCCUGACUGCAACUGAUGCUGCUUACAGCCAAUGGCAAUGCCGGAUCAUGUACUAUUGGUAUAAGAAGGUGAAGGACAUGCCUGGAUCAAACAUGGGGAAGUUCACUCGGAUUUUGCAUUCAGGAAGGACAGACCAGUUGAUGGAUGAAAUUCCAACUUUUGUGGUUGAUCCUCUUCCUGAGGGCUUGGACCGGGGUUAUAUUGUCCUAAAUAGACCAUGGGCUUUUGUUCAGUGGUUGGAGAAGGCAGAUAUUGAAGAAGAAUAUAUUCUGAUGGCAGAACCUGACCACAUAUUUGUAAAUCCUUUGCCUAAUUUGGCUUCUAGAACCCAACCAGCAGGGUAUCCAUUUUUCUACAUAAAACCUGCUGAAAAUGAAAAAAUAAUUAGAAAGUUCUAUCCUAAGGACAAGGGUCCCGUUACUGACGUUGAUCCGAUUGGCAAUUCUCCUGUAAUCAUUCAGAAGUCUUUGAUUGAGGAAAUAGCUCCCACCUGGGUGAAUGUUUCAUUGAGAAUGAAAGAUGAUCCGGAGACAGAUAAAGCUUUUGGAUGGGUGCUUGAAAUGUAUGCUUAUGCUGUGGCAUCUGCAUUGCAUGGUGUAAAGCAUAUUCUUCGAAAAGACUUUAUGCUGCAGCCACCUUGGGACAGACAUGUAGGGAAGACAUUCAUCAUCCAUUAUACAUAUGGAUGUGACUACAAUUUGAAGGGGGAACUGACAUAUGGGAAGAUUGGAGAAUGGCGUUUCGACAAGAGAUCAUAUCUUAUGGGUCCUCCACCCAAAAACCUUUCCUUACCACCUCCUGGAGUUCCUGAAAGUGUGGUGCGGCUUGUAAAGAUGGUCAAUGAGGCCACUGCAAACAUACCUGAAUGGGAUUCAUUAAAUAGAAGCUGAGGGAAAGAUAAUAAUAAACCAUUAUACCUUACUUCCUUAUGCUAGUGACUUUAAGAUGAGGACCAAAAAUACAUGUCAAAUUAGUUUAGCUUACGCAAAGAGGAAUUAUGAUGAAUACAAAGGAUGAUAUUGUGCUUGCUUGGAAAGUGGAAAUGGUUUUUUUUGUUUUUAUUUAUUUUUAAUAGCCAGUUAAUUCUUUUGGAUUCAAACAUGUACAAGACACUUACAAUUUUUGCCAACUGAUUGUCAUUGCUUAAAUGUUAUUGAGCUUGAGGCCUUGCUUCUACAA